AUGGUAACACUCAUUUUCUUUUCUUUUUGUAAAUUCAUUCAUAUUUUUUUCUUUCUCUUUUGUCUCUUUUUUCGUUAUUUUUUUAGACAUUUUCAAUCUCUCACAUUUUUUUUCUUUCUCCCGUUCUUUCAUCUUUUUUUUUUGUCUAUCGCCUUUUUUGCCAUUGUCACUCGCUAUCUUUUGUCUAUGUUCUUACAUCUUUUCUUUUUUUCCUUUCUAAUGCUUCCGACUCUCUUUCUUUCUUUUCCCUUGCCUACGCCUCUUUCUUCCUCUUCUUUUUCUUUCUUAUAUUUUCUCAUGUUUUACCUUUCUUUUUACUCGAUUUUUCUUCUCUUUUACUCUGUUCUCUAUCUAUUUAUUUCUUUCUUUCUUUCUUUCUUUCUUUCUUUCUUUCUUUCUUAUAUAGCUUUCUUCAUUUAUUCUACCUUUUCUUCUUUUCCUUAUCUUUCUUUUCUCUUUUUCUUUGCCUCUUUCUGUCCCUUUCUAGAAGUCUGCUCAUUUAACUUUAUUUUCGUUUGUGCUAAUUCGAAAUCUUUCUUUCUUUUUUCCUUCUUUCUUUCAUUCCUUUUCUGUCACAUUUUUUUAUCUCUAUUUUUUAAUCAUCUCUCUUUCUUUCUUUGUUUCUCUCGCCUUGAGAUUAAUAAUAAUAAUUAUCAAGCAUGUAAGUUUCUUUCUUUGUAUAUAUUUAAAAACUGA